ACCUAUCUUGGCUAUGCGCUUAAGUGCCCUCACUCUCCGCUAAUGAUGCCAGGGCCUCUCCCCCAUCUGCCUGGUCCACACGCACGCGCGCGGGGCUGUUGUCUCCUUUACCCUCCUUCCCUUGCGCGUUGGUUGCUGCCAACGUUGGGUUAGCUCUAUCCAUCGCUGAAUGCCAAACAGACAUAGCACCAUCCAGCUGUAGUACGUGCUACGCCGGCUAGUCGAUACGCGCCACAUCUUCGAGGGCAAGGCAAACCCCAACGUCCUCGGUCUCCUUCGUCACUGGUUUCGAAUUGUUGUAGAUUGGACGGACACCCCGAGGCGGCCAGUGAACGAACAACUGAAGAGCAAGCUAGCCAACAAGUAAUUGUCGAGCGAACACCUAAAAAGCUCGUCAUUUCUUUGAGUCAUGUAAACGAUGGACAUUCGAUUCGAAUCACUUCCCUAAUGGCAGGCGGUUUGCUACGUGCAGCAAGCUGCACAGCGUGCGUUUGACAGCGAAACGCUACGGCCUGUGGUGGGCGCGAGGAUCGCAAUCGUGAGAGAUGGCUCGCAAGGCAUCAGGCCUCCGCGUGCAACCGUUAGUGACCUCCUAGGAGGCCUGGUCGUUAGGUCACCGUCCCAACCCACUGCCUACUCUAGGUGCGUGCGUGUGUGCUUAUGUAUGUACAUGUACCUGUCUGACCGUCUGUCUGUUUCCGUGUAGCGGUGCGUGUGAGAACAAAUUCAUCGUACAACUCCCUGUGGGAGCUGUGCAAGAAUAAGUUCCCUAGCUGCCCCAAGAGUAGUUGUAUCGGUCCAUUCGUGCGAAUACGCCGAUGCGCCGGACCGCUGCUGCAUCGACUGAAUGUUGCAUCGCCCCCGACAUAUCCCCAGGAGCCGGCGACUUACUCCCACUAUUACGAAUUGCUUCUGCCAUCGCAAUUAUCUGCUGUAUAGACAAACGGCCGUUAUUCGGCAGGUUAACAGCGGCAGGUUCUGUAAGGACCUGUUUGAUGACGAGAUCCUCGUCGUCGCUAUCGUGUCCUGUUGGAUACGACGGGUGACUGAGGGCCAAGAAAAAAUAGAAAAAGACGAAAUCAUUCGACGUGCUACGGCAGUCACGUAGGCGAGGUCUUUUAUACAUUAACAAUAGCUGAUAAAAGUUUACCACUGAGAGGAUGGGUGGAACGCUUGGCGUAGCUGGAUCAUCCUAUACACGGACGACCCUUAUAUCGUCUCAUGAACUGAAGACCUUCAAAAAGAAGAAGCGUAGAGGGCAGGAUCUCUUCGACGUGAUGGGGAAACCAUGCUGGUCAGGUACCCCACCACCGGAGAUCCGCAUUAUUGAGCCUCCUUGGGGAGAAGACGAAGCCUACAACGAUGCUUUUACUGGUCAGGAUCAGGCGUGGGUAACACUCGCUACCAACGAUACGUAUGGAAUCGGUGCACUGGUGCUUAGUGCUUCGUUACGGAAGGCCGGAACAUGCCGCCAGUUGGCGAUCCUGAUCACGUCGCAUGUGACUACCCCCAUGCGUCGAUUGCUCGAGCAAUCUUUCGACCUCGUCAAAGAAGUCAAUCUGUUAGACUCGAAUGACGCCGCCCAUUUAGCGGUCCUCAAACGACCUGAGCUUGGCAUUACUUUCACUAAAAUCCAUUGUUGGACGCUUACUCAAUACACAAAAUGUGUCUUUUUGGAUGCCGACACGCUUGUGCUGAAAAACUGCGAUGAAUUAUUCCAACGUGAAGAGCUGAGUGCGGUUCCCGAUGUGGGAUGGCCUGAUUGCUUCAACUCUGGUGUGUUUGUGUUUGUUCCUUCAGUGAAGACCUUUGAAGAACUCGUCGCGCUUGCAGAUCGCGAAGGCAGUUACGACGGAGGUGACCAGGGCCUACUCAACAGCUAUUUCAGUGACUGGGCUACCAAAGACAUCGCACGACACCUAUCAUUUAUCUACAACAUGAAUUCAAGCGUCUUUUAUUCAUAUCUUCCUGCGUUCCUGAAAUUCGGACACACAGUCAAGAUUGUCCAUUUCUUGGGUGCGCGUAAGCCGUGGCAUUACAGUUACAAUCUUCUAACAAACUACGUAGAUUGCGGCGAUAUAAAUUAUCAAGAACACUUGCGAGUGUGGUGGAACCUUUUCAUGAGUCACGUUCAACCAAGACUUACGCCCAACUGUGCUGGGCUCGCUGGCGAGAUGUCCAAACUAAGCAUCAGGAGCGCUGAGGAGUUGCGUAACUAUCCCGUAGAGCAAAUACUUGGGCCAGAAGCACGGCAAUUCGCGUGGGAACGUGGUCAGAUAGACUACCUAGGUGCGGACGCCUUCGCCAACAUCCAGAAGAAGCUCGACGCCGCCAUGGAACCAUCGGCGCUGUCGCGGCUCAAACCAGUGGCGCUCUCUUCGCUUAUGGAGACGACGGCAGACGAAGACGACGAUAAAAGGCCAUUGGUGGCGCCUUCACAGACUCCCGACAGCGGCUCCCGAGUCCGCCCACAAUCAUCACAACCCCACGACCAUGAGCAACAUUUCCACAUUCCCGCUUUUACAUUGUCACGUCCCUUAAUCAGUAUUUCCGCUGCUGCUACUACUGCUACUACUGCUACUACUGCUACUGCUACUGCUAGCAAUAUUCGGCCAGCACAUGCGCUGUCCCCAGUACCUCACUCACUGUCAACAACAGCCUCUGUUCAAUCCCUAACGCAACCUUUUCCUUUCCUGCCUGGAGUUUCUCCGUAUCAUCAUCAUUUACAAAUUUUGCCAUUUCCUUUUGGCUUGGCUAUGGCUGUACCCACACCUCCAAGGGCAACUAGCUCAUUGCCAAGUAGACCAUCGCCAACCCCAUUUCCUUUUCCCAUGCGGACGAACACCGCUGGCUUACUGAACGUACCCCAGCAACCUCCAUUAACGCUUGGCCCCGAUAACCUUUCGAUCAGUACCACUAAUUCUAGCUUCAAUGAGAUUGACCCAGAUCGGAGUCGAAGCAGCGCCAGCAGCCUAACAUCCCUUCCGAAGAUCGACGAAGUGAUUGAAGACGUCGACCCUAACUCGGUUGUUGUUCCCUUCCGUACGUUCGUCGAUGCCGCGGUCAACACCGACCUAACGCUUACCGAUAUCCUCUACACGAGUAGAGAUGACCUCGUAGGGGGCACGGUGAGAAAAGCCUUUCCUGAGGAUUUAUUUUUGCUGUCGCCAACGUCGCUCGGUGGAAGAUCUCGUCAUAAACAAAAGCAAGCUUUGUUAGCUAGACCGAGCGAAGGGACAAUUGAUGCGCGCCUGGAUGUCGUCGAGACCCCGUCACGGAGUAAGGCCAGCGACUCGAAAGAGACCAGUAAUACCGAGGACCGUCAAGAGCAGAGUGAGGACUCCCAGAACGCGAUCGUCACGGACGGCCGCGAAGAUCCAGCUAAGAAACCUGAUGGAGGCUACUGUAGCAUGACGUAACGGCGGUCCACCCCGGAGUCCACCCCACUCCCCAACGCCGGCGAACUUUAAUCCAUACGCUCGUUUUCACCAGAGAUUUGGCUCUCCUUCAAUAAAAAAAAGAUAGACAAGCUGAGCAUGCACAUUUUUAAGCAAAAGAAGUGCUAGUCCAAGCGGUGAUACCAAUUUAGCAUUCCAAGGCAGUUGAUGCGGUUCCGUCAAGAUGAGGCGCAAGCUAUUUCCGUAUGUAUUCCGUGUCCAAUGUACACAGACGUCUCGUGCAGACACGCUCGUAUUAAACUCCUAAAACUGCCACCUAGUCUAUCUGAUAAAUUAUCACAAUCGUCGUACUAUGUGAUUUGAUCUUCAAUGACUCGCGCUUCCUUUUGUUUCCUUACCCUUCAUUAAAACUCUGUAGAAUUAUCCUCUGUUUGCUGUUGCGGAUCCUGCUGCUGUACAAUUCUGCUGAGCGUCUUUGCAAAAACGCUGUUCUCCUAAAGACAAGCGAUGCUGAUCUCUUCGAACUCGUUGCAUUUUGUAUAUUCGAAAAAAAAAUAAUGGCCAUGCAUAAGGGGUGGGGGGCACAUGACUAUCGAGUCUUUGAGGUCGCUGUGGCAGAACAUUCCAGCGCAGUCGUGCGUUCAUAGCUGUUUCUUGAGCUAUGUUUGUAAUCGAUUGCGGAAGGAUGAGUAACAUGUACGAUUUACCUCUAACAUCACAUGACAACCAUACAUACAUAGUUUUUACUUUACUACAGAGUGUGCGAUGUGGGGUUCUCAGGCCUGGAUGGUGUGGCCUGGACCUAACCUGGAUGAUGUUGCUGGUCGUUGUUAUUAUUGUUGUUGUCAUUGUUGUUGUUGGUGGUGGUGUUGAUGAUGAUGAUGAUGAUGAU